AGAGAAAAGAAAUCCAAAAGAUGGUCUCAUGGGGGAUUAUUAAAAGGUCAACCAGCUGGUAUAAUAACCCACAUGUGGUUGUAAAGGAGAAGAAUGGUGGAGUCAGGUUGGUUCUGGAUGCCAACAAGUUACAUGAAAUCAUUGUAGGGGCGAGUGAUACACCAGCUAACAUAGACGACAUUUUGCAAAAGUUCCAUGAGUGUAAGUUUCAGACUCCUUUUGAUUUGACUUGUGGCUAUUGGAAUAUCAGUUUGGCCAAGGAAUCUAGGCCAUGUACAGCAUUUUUACAUGAAGGAUUAACAAGGAAGGUAUACAUCCUGAUGCAGAAAAGUUUGCUGCCAUUGCAGAUUUCCCACACCCCAAGAACAAGAAGGAUCUUAAAGCUACAUAUGGCUUGUAUGGCUUCUACCGAAAGAUAUGCCACAUAUGAACUUAUGCUCAAUGAGAAACCCUGCAACAUCAUGAGAGCAGAAGUGGAUUUCCCUCAGGUAAGACAAAAAGAUCAAAUUGACUAA